ACAUUAGGUCAUGUGGGGAUUACGUCAUCCGCGAUGGACCAAUCAAGGAGGUAGGAAGGAUGACAGCUAGUGGCUACGGCGUGUCAGAGGGGACGAAAUAGUGGCGAAGGCGUUGUGUCGCUUGUUAUGCUGCGAAUAUCGCUUGUCUGCCCGGUGCUGCUAUGCCAGCGAUAUUCCUGGCCACGUUAUACGAGUAUUCUCCGCUCUUCUACAUCACUGUGGUGUCCAUCUGCUUUCUAGUCACGUGCGGGAUCGUGCUGGGAUGGCGUGGAUUGGAUGUUCCCGUUAUACUAAGAAAUUCAGAAGAGACCACGUCCAGCACCUUCAUUUAUAGGAAGCAGAUGAAGGAAGUGAAGAACCCCUUUGGCUUGGAAGUAGUUAAUCCAGACAGCGCCACAAUAGAGAAGGGAGUUAUACUGAGACCCCACUGUCUGGAGGACUGUAUUCUGUCCUGUUACUGGGGGUGCAGCGUACAGAGGGUGCAGGAGGCUCUGCAGAAUCAUGUCUAUUGCUUCCAGAUACAGACGCCGGGACUACUGGAGGACGCCCUGUAUAGUGAAUACCUGCACAAGGAGCAGCGCCUCGUGCAGAAACAAAGCAAGGAGGGAAUCUUCAUCCAUCUGCCCGAGGACAACAAGAUAGAAGAUUUUGGCCCGGUGCCCCGGACUUGUUAUCCUCUGGUCGCCCUGCUGACUUUGUCUGAUGUGGACGACCGCGAGUUAUACCCUAUUGUGUCCAUGCUCACCAUCAUUCACAUUCCAGAUAGAAGUUUCCGGAUGCCCUGCAGGAUCAUGUACCAGUAUCUUCUGACUGCACAAGGUCAAUUCUAUGACCUGAAGCAACUUUAUAUGUCUGUGAGCAAUAACGUAGCAGAGUCGGCAGAGGAUGUGACGGAGGAUUCCAGGGAUAAGGAGCUGCUGGAGAGGUUGGGGAUAUCGGAGGAGGAGAUGCAGGAGAACAGCAGCAAGGACUGCGUUGUGUGUCAGAACGACUCGGUGAACUGGGUGCUGUUACCGUGCCGGCACGUCUGCCUGUGCGACGGAUGCCUGAUGCGCUUUCAGCAUUGUCCGAUGUGCCGGCAGUUCGUUCAAGAAACCUUCCCUUUACGGAACAGGACGCCGCCUAUAGAGUGAUAAACUGCGACUAGGAAACCGCUGCGACAAGCGCAACUACAGCAUGUGCCGAAACCGUCACCGCGCUCGCUGCUCAUGUGACCGCUCCCCCCAUAGGGCACCAUUCAUCCCAUACAUUUACAGAGUUCUGUCUGGCAUCAUAUAUUCUCCUAAAAAUAUCUGCGCAGCGUUUUCCGAACACAACGCUCCAAAUCUGCUGCAGGAUAAAUGCCCGUUAGCUUUAUUAGUAAAAAAAAAAAAAAAAAAAUGUUGUAAAUCCGCUCCGGUUCGGUUGCAGAUUUGGUGCCGAAAUGCUGCAGGUGUUGUGUGUAUUUUACCUUCCCCAUUGAUUCCAUUGGGCCAGUGGUUUAAAGGUGUUGCAAAACUACAACUCCCAGCAUGCCCGGACAGCCGUUGGCUGUCCGGGCAUGCUGGGAGUUGUAGUUUUGCAACAUCUGGAGAUCCACAGUUUAGUGACCACUCCAUUAGGCUAGGUUUGGUUGCAGAUUUGGUGCCGAAAUGCUGCGGGUGUUGUGUAUAGUUUACCUUCCCCAUUGAUUCCAUUGGGCCAGUGGUUUAAAGACGUUGCAAAACUACAACUCCCAGCAUGCCCGGACCGCCUUUGGCUGUCUGGGCAUGCUGAGAGUUGUAGUUUUGCAGCAUCUGGAGAUCCACAGUUUAGUGACCACUCUUAUAUUCAUGCAACUUAUUUUUGGCAUUCUUUUCUUAUUUAUUUAUUUUUUACCAUAAAAAAAAAAAACACUGAAAUGCAGCUUUUGUGGCUUUUUUAUUUUUUCCAAAAAUAGUGAGUUUUAGUCAUGACAUUUUUUAUAUUUCUUUUUUGGAAUUUGUUUUUACCCCUGCAUGUUUCUCAUUCCAAGUCAUGUGAUUGAUUCAUCAUGUGACUCAGGGAUUUCUAUUAAACCCACAUUGCGUUUUAUUGUUUUAUUUUCUAUGCCAGAAAACGCCAUGAUUCCCUGAUAAAAAAUGUAAAAAAAUCCCAAUCCCAAAAAGUCCCAAUCCCAAAAAGUCAAUAGAGAAGGAAAAACGCCAUGUGGGUUCGGGAUCACAUAUUUCUCUACUGACUGCCAGCUACACCUGACAUUUUGCCUUACAACAAAUUUUGAGUUUUUUUUUAUCUAUUUAUUUUUUGUUUGUUUUUCUUCGGGUAAUUUUGCAAAAAAAAUGAGAUUUCAAAAGCCACUUCCAUGUUGCUGAUGAUGGAAUCGCCUUCGAUUUGUAAUGCAAAUUUAUUAUUAUUUAUUUUUAUAGUGCCCUAUUGAAUAAAAUUGUGCAUGUUUUUUUUUUUUGGUGCUCCAGAAUGCUCUCUAAAACACACUGGCCCAAAUUUAUUAAAACUAUCUAAUUCUUACACAGUGCAGACGGACAGACUACAAAUGCGCCAGAAUUAUCCCAACGUAACAGGUUAACCAAUAAAUCUGGUGCCUCUGAAGACUGUCUGGUCGGCUUAAACGUGCACCAGAGUUUGCACCAGAACAAAAGUCAUGCCUCGUUUGCCGAAACCACUCCAACAAACCUGUCGGAAAAGUGUCAAAAAAGUGUGCUUCACUUCAGAGGCCUCGGCCAGAAUUAGUCUCCUUCCCUCUCUGGCAGCUGACAGAAUUACCUCUAUUAAAACAGUCUUCUCAGCUAAACUGACAUGUUACUGCAUGUACAGGCUUUAGACAGAAUCAGUCUCUUUCCCCCUCUGGCAGCAGACAAUAUUGUCGCUUGUUAGACCUAUAAAACAAGUCUUUUCAGCUAAACUGCCAUUUUACUGCAGAAUCAGUCUUCUUCCCCCUCUAUAGUUCCCCAUUUUAGCCCUUCUAUAGAAGAAGUCUUCACAGCUAAACUGACAUCUUGCUGCAGAUGCUACGGGCAUAAUCAGUGUCCUUUCCUCUCUGGCAGCAGACAUUAUAGUCCCUUGUUGUUCCCUCUAUAGAAGAAGUCUUCUCAGCUACACUGCCUUGUUACUGCAGAGGCCCUGAACAGAAUUAGUCUCCUUCCCCCUCUGGCAGCUGGCAAUAUAGUCUUUUUGGCUGUCCUUGCAAACUGGGAGUUGUAGUUUUGCAACAGCUGGAAAGCCACAGCUUGGAGACCACUGUUUUAGAGAAUAAUUAGGCCUGUGCAGGUUUUUAGCUUAUACCAAUAAUAUUUCCAUCCUAUGACAGCAAGCAGAGAUCUUAAAAAAGAUGAAGAUUCGAUAAACAAAGCUUAUUAAAGUGUAGGUGAAUUAUUUUUUUUUUUUUUACAUAAAACGAAAAAACUUUAAUAAUUGUAACUAUGCAGGUAAUAACUGUAGGCACAGCUCCACCUAGUGGUAAACUUAGAUUGAAAAACUAGCAUUUUUUUUAAACAGAAUUAUAAAAACCAAAAAAGCUCCAGCAGUUCACUGGUGGAGGUGACGCUGGAGAAGACUCCCUGCCCGCUGGGUGGUUACGGGUCACUAUAUAAGAUGUGUGCACGUAGCCGCCCGCGUCGUGUGCGCCCCGCUGCUGAGCCUUGAUGUUUCAGAUGAUUGAUCGUCACUUAUUGAAGGUAAUUAAAUCGACUAUUCAGCAGAUGAUCGGACAGCGAGCUUUGUUCCUGCCGUCCGGGAUUUUCCGCUCAGCUGUCUGGGGAGAUAUUGAGUUGCUUUAUGUGACCGGCGAAACUAUUUAAAACUGAAAUUAUCCAAAAUGAAUCCCGUAAUUUGUUUUUCUCUUAGGACACAGAGUUGUAUUGUGCUCGAUUAUUCACCUCACCAGGGUAAGGGGCAUUCCGCAGGCACCACAGGGGUCACCCGGCCUCCAUAAUACGUUACGGUGAAUCCUAAGAGUUGAGUCAUGUUACAUAAAAUAACCUUAGGGGGGUACUCCGGAGG